AUGUUUGAGGACACGCUGCAGUUGCCCGAGGAGCCUGGGCUGUUCCGGGCUCCUAUCACUAAGAGCGCCAAGAACCGGAGAGUCUACAGCGAGGCACGAAAGUCCUUGGCGGUCCUCCCAUCUACGAGAAGCCUCCCCCGCAGUGGGGAUUCCUCCGAGGACCUAGAUUCAGAUAAGACCUCCACACGAUGGAGGCAUGCGUCUACCGCGAUCCUCAAGGGCAUCCGGUCGACAAACACAGUUGAGAGCACUGCUGGGCUUCUGAAGUAUUUCAGUGUUACGAAAGAGCUGAACAAAGAGCAGCUCCUGAACGAGAAGUUUUGUCACCUUGUGGCAAUCGAUGGUUUGGAGGGCAGAACCGGCGCACGCUACAAGGAGGCGAACGCAUUGGCGGCCAAAUUUCGCGAGAUCAAGAGCUCUCUGAGCCCCAAAGAGCAGCUUGAGGCAAUGGAUGCUGCACAGAGCAUCCUGAACAAGCUGGAGCAGGUUCGCAGGCUGUUUGAAAGUAAAGGCCUCGACGCGGAUGAAGCGGAUGAGAUGUUCGAGGACAUCGACGACAGCUUGGAUGAUUUGAGGGAUCUUUGUCAGGCAAAGACCUUGAAAAGCAAGUUCCGGCAAGCCGGUCAGAAACUGAUCAUUGCGAAGCGCCUCUCCAGAGCAGGGCAGGAGCAAACGCGCAAGAGGCUUGUGAGAGAGGCUUUUCAGCGGUCUGUUCGCAAGGCACAGAACGUCCGCGCGCUGUUCCGGCCUCGAAAAGACUCUGUUGCUUCGGUCGAGAAGGUUGCCAAAAGGGCAAGCUCCCCUACCUCUGAGUUUUUUGAGAAGCUGCAAGCCAGCCAAGAGGACUUCAAGAAGAGAAGCGCCGAGUGGAAGCAGAGCCUUGCUGAGGAGGUCCUGGCCCUUGGUCAGCAGAUGCCCACGUCACACCGAUCGGGGCACGUCGUCCAAGCUCCGCCUAAUACCCCCGGCCCCAGCGGGAACGACAUCGACAAGGCGACAUCGUCCCCCUGCAAGGCACCCCCCGCUGCACCCUUCGUUUUCUCGGCUGCGGUUGACCAACGCCGCAAUAGCCUCAGUGAGCGUAAGCGACGCGAUUCUCAGGUGGCAAUCACCUCCUUCGAUUUCCUGUCGCAGGAUCAGAAGCUAGACCGUGGUGCAUUGGCUGACAAAAGAAAAACAGUCCUCGCCAAGAUGCAGUAUAUGCAGUGGCUGUGCGACAGAUCAGGUGGUCAGGAACCCAGUGCGCAGACGCCGCAGGGUUUCCACGGCGUGGCAUUGUCCGGCUACAAGGCCAGGGCCGGGCAAACUGGAGCAGGAGCUGACUGGAGGGGAUCGCCUACGGCCAAUGCCAAGAUUUCCGCUCCGACUAUGUACGAGCUUCCACCCCUUCCACAGCACCCUCAUGGCUGCCGGGCAGCUCCGGGACUCCUGUCACCUCGCCCACCACCCCUGGGUGGUCCGCACCAAAACUUGAGCAGCCCUGUCACACCACGCAGCCCCCACACACCGCGACUGGCCAGCCAGUUCUUCCGAAAGAACACCGCAGAGUUGCCCAGCAAUCCCCAACCUGUACUGCCAACCGCAUCCCCAAGCGGAGGAACCCAAAGCACGGGCAUGAGUUUUAUGAAAGCCAAGAUUCCUUGGUCAUCUUUCCGACUCGGAAACCCACUGGCCAAGCUGUCGCCGACCGCCCAGAGCAAGGAUGGCUCCGGCACAUUCGGAGGCGGAGUUGACCUUGGUGUUGGUGCUGCAGGAGAUCCUCAUGUGGAACGUGGUGGCGGUGGUGGCCGGGGAGAUCCUUAUCCCCCCAGGCCCCAGGAAUCAUCACCGCGCCGAAGCGGUGCUACAAAGUUGUCUAAUGACAUCAAUGCACCUCAUCCAGAACUAUCCCGUUUGCACCAUGCCACAGCUACUACAAGGACCUUGCAGCAGCCAAAGAAGCCGCCAGAUCUGGAUGCGCCAGCCGCUGCCAAACAGUCCCAGCUUCAUGCCAUCCAACCCAUGCCUCCCACGAACCCCGAAACCUCACGCACAGCAAAUGCCGCAAGUUUCACCACGACUGCUGGCAAAGCCACAGCUCGCCCACCCCACAACCAUUUUUCCGGCCAGAGCGCCCCUAAAAUCGAGAAAUGCCAGGAAACCUCAGUGGCAGGUUAUCGUGCCAAGGCAGACCCACCAAGAGCUCCAAGCCCUUUGAGUGAGGUGGAGGACUUCGAGAAUGCCAGCGGCGAUUAUGAUUUGGUCGCGAAACAGUGGGACUCCUACGAAACAUACAUUGCAUCCAGCCCGGUGAUUCCGAAGGACCUUUCUUCGCAAGAGCGGUCAGCGGCUCCAGGCGGCUCUCGCCAGCUGCCGACACCGAAGACCCCACUUUCUACUACGGCGAGCGCCUUCGCGCACGACUCCACGCCUUCGCGACCUGUGAGCACGGGCACCCCGAAAGAGGAGAAGCACACAAGAGCGAAAGCGGAGAUGGUAAUGGCGGAGCUAGAGACGCUGGUGGUCGAGCAGAAAUCUAGCCAGGCGUCCUUCGCUGCAUCCGCCUUCCUGGCAACAGUGGGUCUGGAUUUUCCGCUUGAUCCAAGCGACAGUCCGAAGCCUCUUCCUCCAAAAGUUCAGACAUAUUCGGGCCUGCUGGAAGCAAAGGAACGUGUGGUGCACUUCGUUGCACAUGCCGAAGAGGUCCAGGAGAGCGAGGACCUGGAGGAUCCACAGGAGGCGUUGCAGAAGCUCAUGAAGCUGGAUCGGGCUCUGGGCUUCCUCGAGCACGUGGCAAUCCUGGAGUCCUGCUUGCAAGGACCACCGGUGGAGCUCGAGCUUCCCUCCCGAGGCUCUGACUAUGACUGGAACGAACAUGUCGGGAGCCUGCGCCGGGUGAAGAGCACUUUGUCUUCAUCCGACAAGUGGCAGCCGCUGGAAACGACGGGCUCCAAUACAAGUUUUCAAGAGACGAGUCAGACUUGGACCAGCAGAGACGUGCAUCCAGAGCGGUUGGAAUGGAUACAGGAGUCCCACGCUUCUUUAAGAGCGUGCAGAAGCCAGCAUGCAGAGUUCGCGCCACAACGCAAGACUCUGGAGACAACUUUGAAAGAGAGGCACCAGAGAGGAGUCCGACUUGCUUGUGUACGUCCCGAGCUGAGCCACAUGUGGCAGGAGUAUUGCAGGCUGGUCUGGAAGGAGGACUCAGGUCAAAAGCUGUCGUUCAGUGCUUCCCGGUCUGUACUGCUGCCGGGUCUCUGCUAA